CGUCGGGCGUGCUCGUGACGUCACAGUAGAAGCUCGCGCUCUGAGCUCCAGCAGCGCUCAGGUUGAUCCAUCCAGUCCGCUCAGUCCGCGCUCCCUAACGGACCUAACGGUUCCCAACAUGAACCAGGAUGUAACUUCGCCGCUUCCCCAGAAACUUUCACCCACCAACGGUCUGCCGGCGUUCUCGGUCUUUCCCGCUUCCUUAACUCCAGUUUGGAUUCCAUCCCGAAGAAAUCUGAGUUAAAACAUUGAAACUGCUCCGGUUUUCCUCUUGCUGUCCAGGAAUGUUAACUCACUAAGGAAACGGUUUGGAUAACGGUCUGUUUAACGGUAGCGGAGGGGCUGCCGGAGUGUUUUUCUCUGCUUCUUUUCGCGACUUUUUGGAGGAAUAAACUGUGUUGUGGACUGAAAACUUCUCAUCUCCUACCGUCAGCUAGCCAGCAGCGGUGGUGCGGAGGGAGAAUGCUAUCUUCUGCUCCCAUCGGCGCUCUCGCUGAUUUCUUCGUGUUUAUGUAGAGGCUGAAAACAAAAUGAUUUCGGAGGAGAGAAGCAGCCACGUAAAUAAACAAGCCCUUAACUUUCCUGUGGCUUUGCUGAUUCGCUCUCCCAAGAGGCGCCUGGCCAAGCUGGGGAGGAAACCCAGCAAUGGAUCUGUCCAGUCCAGCAAGUCAGACAGCACUGCAGAGAGCGUUGGUGUUCGGCAGCCAGCUAAGAGCAAAAUCAGACGUCACAACAACAGGCUUUCGACAGUUUUCGGCCACAGCCCCACCCUGCGGGACGGUGGCCGACGCGGCCAGACGAGGGGCAGCGGAAGCUUCACCGGAGACCUCCAGGCUGCGGAUGACCCUGCCGAGCUUUCCAGCCAGCUAUCUGUGCCUGGAAUCCUGAAGAUCUUUGGUAGCGAUAUCUGUCAAGGGACCCACUACAAGAGCGUGUUGGCCACCACUCAUUCCAGUGCAAAGGAGCUGGUGAGGGAGGCCUUAGAGAGGUACUGUCUGGAAAAAGAAGACGCCAAUGACUAUGUGCUGUGUGAUGUGAUUGGUCAGACGGGGGCUGAUAAUCAGUGGAAGAGGGAGUGCUUCAGAGUGGUGGGUGACAAUGAGAGGCCCCUCAUGCUCCAGUCCUUGUGGAAGCCCAAGGAAGGCUUCUUCAGAAGAUUUGAGAUCCAGCUGUGCUCCACUGUUGAACAGCAGAGCUUGAAGGAUAGAGACACAAUCACAGCAGGGCUCAAUGCUCAGGCUCGUAAGCUGCAGAAGAACCGGUCCAGAGUGACCUCCCUGUUCGUGGACAGCUGCGGGGAGGACACAGAUGGACUCGGCUUCUGGAGGAGCCUGAGUGAGAUGGACCUGUCUGCGAUGGGGAAGGAUGCCAACCGGGCCCAACAGAGCGCGCUCAGAGAGGACCCAGAGGCUGAGGCUGACAAGGACGUGCUACGGCUCGGCAUGGAGAAGGAAGAGACGGAGAGUAGUGACGACAACACCACCCAGUACUCCAUCCACCCACCCUUUGACUUCCCUUACUUCCUCCUACUGCAAGGCUAUAGUCACAGACAGGAUUUUGUCAUCUACCUGAUGAGCGGGACCACAACCAUCUUUGGAUGCUGCAGGGAGCACUGUAAUGGAGAGGACGAGGAGAGGUUGAAGGUGGACAUCCUUCUCUUUGCUCCUGAUGUGUUGCCGCAGCACUGCUGCAUCCGACGCAUUGACUCUAACACCCAGACAUCCUCAGGAAAGCCCAAAAAGACUUUGACAAUGCUGAAGCCCCUCCAUGGUGCUCCUGUUACCAGAAAUGGUUACUUUCUGAAUGAGGAAGUAGAACUCAAUCCUGGAGAUUUGAUUGGUUUGGGAAAACAUUACCUGUUUAUGUUCAAGGAUCCUACCAGUGUGUCGGGGUCUUCUCAUACGCCACUUUGGAUUACCAGACUCUGCCCAAGCUCUGACAGUAAGAGCUCUUGUUUAUCAUGCGGCUCCUCCGACACCAUCAAAAAGUUCCAAAGGAAGCCAUUAGCUCCUUCUUGGAGAGACCUGGAAGGCACAGAGGCUUCGCUAAGCUAUGAGCUGGAGCAAGAAGAAAGAGUCCUGCAGGAGAUCCUGGACACGGUUGAUCCAAGUGAGAAUGGACCGAAACUAGCUCCUGCUUUCCUAAUGAUCCUUUGCAUCCAGCGCUCAGCCUUCACUUUUGAGUUAACACACUUCAGACAGCUGCUGCUCAGGAUUGCCAGUCAGAUCCAGCUGAUUACCUGGGAGAAGACAAAGAAACUUGCUGCCAUCCAACCAGAAUCGAACUCCAGUGAUGGACAGCCCGAGCAGCUUCGGCCGCUCAGCAUGGAGGAACUGAUCCCAGGUCUGCAGCCAUUGGUGCUGUGGAUGGCCAACUCCAUCGAACUGCUGCACUUCAUCCAGCAUGAGGUCCCUCAGCUGCUCCCCUGGAGACAGGAUAGCUUGGAUGAAGAUCUACUGGAGUCGGAGAUGUCAUCCACUCGGACAGCCUGCGAGGAGGCCAUGACAGUCCUGGAGGAGGUCAUCAUGUUUACCUUCCAGCAGUCUGUCUUCUAUCUGACAAAGAGUAUGUAUUCCGCCCUGACUGGUCUGCUGGAUGGGAACCCAUUCACAGAAAACGGUCAGCUGCGAGUGCCUGACAGCCUCAACAACAUCCUGGAGGUGCUCAAGGAGGCGCUGAAGCUUCUCACGGCCUUUCAAGUGCAUCCAGACAUCUCUCUACAACUUUGUGCCUACCUGUUCUUCUUCAUCAAUGCCUCACUGUUCAACAUCCUCAUGGAGAGAGGAUCUGUGGCUGGAUUCUACCAGUGGUCCCGCGGUGUGCAGAUCCGGGCCAACCUGGACCUGCUGAUGGACUGGGUCCAGAACAUCGGCCUGGGUGAUCUUGCCAGUGAAUUCUUCCAGAAGCUCUCUGCUGCUGUCAAUCUGCUGGCCACACCCAAAGAAACCCUUCUGCAGGCUUCCUGGGCUUCCCUCAGGACUGAGUUUGCUGCUCUGAAACCAGCCCAGCUUCACCACAUGCUGAGGGAGUACAGCGCUGGUAGGCCCUGUCCGAGUGGAUGGAGUCCAUCAGCAGAAGAUGGCGAGCAUGCAGUCAGGACUGACAUCCUGGAGAGCUUUGACAACCACCCGCCACUCAUCCUGCCCAGCAGCACGUUUCACCUGGAGCUCGGUAAACCAAUCGUGGAGCCGGCUCUUUUUGAACAGCUCUCUUAUCUGCAGGACUUUAUUGGCAGGCUUCCUCACAUUAAAUCCCAGACCGAAACGUAUGCCGAAGAACAGGUUUCUAAGGGUACAAGCCUUGACAGUCCUUCAGUGACCUCACCAGCCCACCAGGUGGCUUCUCCUUGCCCCAGUCCGGAAGCAGAUUCUGACCUUUCCUCCCCUGCAGAACCCGGUCAGGCCCAAGGAUCUCAUGGUGAUCUGACCAGCUGUGAAGCAGUUCUGGCCCAAAAGCUGAAGAGCCUGCAGCUGCAGAACACCCUCCCUGGAGCGGCCCACACAAGCUACCACAAAAGCCUGGCUCUGGACCCUUCAUGCCUCCUCACUCCACCCAACACUCCGCAGGGUAUGGAGCUGGCUGAGUUGGAGGCUGAUCUGCGGGAGGGCAUCCGCCAGCUAAAGAAAGCCGGUGGGAACUCUGAGACUGAGACAGGAAAUGUGGAAGCAGAAGAAGACAGAGAGGAUGUGUUCACAGUGGAGAUCCGCAGAGGGCCCCACGGUCUUGGACUGGCCCUUGUAGAUGGAACGAAAACGCCGCUGAGAAUAAGUGGCAUCUACGUGAAGUCAGUUGUUCCCGACUCUCCAGCUGCUCGGUGUCAGAAACUGAGAACAGGGGAUCGGAUCCUGGCUGUAAACGGUGUCAGCCUUGUUGGAAUGGAUUAUAACGUCGGCAGAGAGCUGAUUCGCUCUUCAGGAGACACUCUAAGGCUGCUGGUUGCAAAGAUGGACACGAAAUCAAGCAGCAAGACUUCAGCUACAAACUAAACGCUGAAAGCAAAGUCCUGCUGGAUGACAAAAGUGCAGUUAAAAAAUUUAGAGAGCACCAGGUUCUCCUGCAGCAUCUACUGUCAGUAUUUCUCCCAGGAUGGAUCUCCCAGGCCAAAGGAAACGAACUUCCUGCUCUUCAUCUCCAACUUGCUGUGGAGUAGAGUUGUUUAUUGUGUGUAAAGAAACGCUGAGACAAUCAACCAAAACCACUGGGAUCUCACACAAAACACAGACUGUGGGCAACGUUUUUAGAAAGCUUGUUUCUGCUUCUGUCUGGCCUAUAAACAAACUUUAGUGAGAGGAAAACAUGCGUCUGUAGUGAUUCAGACUAGUCCAGCUUGGAUCUGAGGAGGAUCACCAAGCGGGUCAGAAUCAGUCAUGCCUGGCUUUAACUGAAAAUCUUCAAAUUCAAGUGUUUGCUUUAAAAAGAGUGAAAGUACAUUUUACCAAAACAACAAGCAGCUAAAUAAUUUAGUUUAAAAAACACAUCUCUGCUCUGAAUGUGUGAUUGUUGUCAAAAAUGUACAAAACGAAUUACCUUUGGUUAUUUUCAUGAAGCGCUUCAGAGCAUUACUGGUUUCUGAAUGUAAAAUGUUCAAAUUUAGCAGAAAAUCCUCUUUUUCUGCUGCUUUCAUGUUUUAUAAAAGCUGCAUUAUUUCAACGGCAGUGUUCUUCUGUAAAACUGAAAAAAGUAAAACCCAAAGCUGAACUGUGUUCAUUUUUAACACCAAACCAACCCGAAGGCUGUUCCUGUUCAUCGCUCCUGAAAGGAGCUCAAAGCAACGGCUUAAAUGACACCAGAACCAGAGAGACAUUUUUUAUUGGGUUCAUGACAUUUGAUCCCUAAAGUCUUAGUUAUAGUGCAGCCAUUUUUUACUACAGGUUCAUUAAUUAGGUUAUUCAGUUUUCAUAGUUUUGUUAAACAAUUGUAAUCAACUUGAAGAACAAGGUGAAGAAAAAAAAUCCAAACCCAAAUAUUUAGCAUUUCUGACCAGACAAAGAAAAACUGUAAUCAUCACAAUUAACAGGAAGCUUUAAAUGUUUGGUUUUAUUCAUCUUCAACAGUAUUUACUGGCUCUAAGUGCACCUUGAUAGAUUAAAAUAUCACCAAAAAGUUAUUUCAGUAAUUUAACUCAUAUAAUAUUGAUUUCAAGGGAUCAUUUCUGCUGAUGUUACCGAUUAUGGCUCGCAGUUGAAGGGAUACCAAUUAAAAGUUGAGUGGAAGGAUAAUAUGUGGCGGAAAAAGUUGCAUUUACAACAGGGAUACCUGCAGCAUUACAGGGUGACAAGUUGUGGACUUCAGCUGGAGUCAGAGCUUCAAGACCCACCACAGAAAUGGAUCCAAGACCUGGACUGCUGCUGUCACGCUCCUUGUGUUAAAUCACACCUGAACCAGAGACAACACCAGAACCGGCAUACAUGAACUGAGGAGACAAAGGACUGGAUUGUUGCUCAGUGGUCCAAAGUCUUCUUUUCAGAUGAAAGCAAAGUUUGCAUUUUAUUUGAAAAUCAAGGUCCUAGAGUCUGGAGGAGGACUGAAGAGGAACAGAAUCUAAGUUGUUUCAGAUCCAGUGUGAUGUUUCCUCAGUGAUGAUGUGGGGUGCCAUGUCAUCCGCUGGUGCUGGUCCACUGUGUUUUAUUAAGUCCAAAGUUGGUGCAGCCAUCUACCAGGAGAUUUUAGAGCAUCUCACGCUUCCCUCUGUUGACGGGCUUUAUGCACCACCUGGCACCUGCCCACACCUCCAAAAGUACCAAUAAUGACUGGCUGGACCUGAACUCCACAGGGAAUCUAUGGAGACACCAGAACCAACAAUGCUGACGGACUGAAGGUCACCAACAAAGCAACCUGGGCAUCCUGAACGCCUGAGCAGAACCACAGGGUGAUCUCUUUCAUGCCACGCUGCGUGGAUGCAGUAUUUCAUGCAAAAGGAGCCCCAACCAAGUACUGAGUACAUUAGCUGUAAGCUAUAUUCAUCAAAAUGAAACUUAAUGAAUCUAUAUAAUACGUGGGUUUUACGUCUUAAAUUGAAUUAUUAAAAAUAAUUAACUUUUUGAAGAUGUUUUGAUUUAUAGAGAUGCACCUGUAUAGAACACUAACCCCUCAUCUUGUUCUGUUUUUGGUUUAUCAGGUUUUAACAGAGUCAACUUUGAAUCUGGAAGUUGCUGAUGACUGAAAAACAUCAGUUGGAAAAUAUUUGUAAGAGUCUGUGUAGAAACAGUGUUAAAGUUCCCACAAAUUCUUCCUUUUUGUAAUAUUUAUAUUGUGCAGUUUUCUUGAAUGGAAUAAAUAUUAUUUUGACUUUGAAAA